AGAAGAAGCAGCAGCAGACCCGCAUUGGAGUCCGCGCGGCAGGGGGUCGUGCUCGCGCUCACGGUGGUGAUGGAGCUGUUUGGUAGCCGGCCAGUUAGCCACCGGAGCCCCGCAUAAACUGUCACAAUUGCGGUGUUUGUCCCCGACGUUAGCCGGUAAUGUGUAGCGGCUUGACGGAUCCCGAGAUGCGGCGGUAGUCGGUGUUUGCGCGCAGAGAGCCGCGGGACCCGCAGAGGAGCAGCGGACAGCGGCCAGGGAUGCUAACCAGCUGCGGUUAGUUAACGUUAGCUCGCUAACAUUUAUUUUAACGGAUAACCACUUCAGUCGUCAUGUUAGCUCCGUCCUCCGGUGUGGAUGCUGUUGUUCGCCGCUGCAUUACUUCCCCCCUCGGGGCAGAAACAACCGACGGUUAGCGCCUCCACCAGCCCCACAACAUGACUCACACUCAGUGAGCUAGCGGGGCUGGUUGGCUGAGUUAGCCUGCCCGUUAGCGGCUAACUGAUGCUAGCAGCAGUGUCAGUCCCCGCCGCGAGCUGCUGAAGUGAUGUCUGUCCGAUGGAGCUGAAGUGUUGCUCGGCUUGCCAAAGAUGACGGGCCGCCUGAGCCGGGUUUUUGUGCCUCUGUCAGCAGGAGGCGGAACAUGGAAGCCGAGGAAGAGUGGAACAAAGACCUGAGUGCGCACAAACUGCUGGAUAAAAAGGUGCUCUGCAAGCAGAAUGGGAGGAUCGGUAUAGUGAGAACUCUUCACAGCCUGUUGAAAACCCAGAACACUCUACAGAUUCAGUCCAUCACCCGCUCAGAAUGUGCAGGCUCCUGUCCAAAUCUGAUGAUGAGUAGGAGCGAGCACGUCGAUGUGAGGCCCGUCCCCGUGGCCCUCACCCCCCAGCUCCCCCCCAGAGCUCACCGGCCCCUCUGCAUGUCGAUCUCCUCCGACAGCAGCGGACGCUUCAAAGCUCUGGAGACGCAGGAGUGGAAGAACAACCUCAAAGCUCAGAUGGAGCAGGCCCACAGCGCAGGAGCUGCCAGCAGCACAGGAUCUCUGGAGCGAGCGUCUCUGUUCUGCGCCUCAGCUUCCACCACAGCAUCCAGCUCUGGCCUGUCCAGCCCAGUGGAGAUCCUCAACAAGAGCAAAUCCUCCAGCCGCUUCUCUCUCUUCUCUCCUCCCUGGAACAGCAGCUCUGAGUCCGACUCCAACCCUCCGUCCCGCUCCGGCUCCAAGAAGCUCCGCAACUACAGCAGGAGAGCCGCCACGGGGCCGGCCGGCGCCAGAGGCCCGGAUACGCCUGAGCCCAAACCCAGCGGCCCUGAACACUUCCAGUACUCUGAACCUGUUAUCUCCAAGGUGACGGACUACAUCUAUGUUGGCAAUCUCAAUGCGGCGUACAACGGGCGCACCCUGUGCCGCAACAACAUUGACAGCAUCAUAGACAUGAGCAGUGUGCCAGGAGAACCGGGCCCCAGCCUCAACCUCAUUCCAUGCACCUGCUCCCGCGGCACCCGCCACAGCUGGUCCCGCCUCAAGGUGGACAUCGGAGACGUGCCGGACGCUCUAGGUGACGGCCCGGCCUUGAAGCAGCGCUGCUUCGAGGACAUCAACGAGUGCAUCGAUGCCUCCACAGAGAAGAGGAAGCGCGUCCUGGUCCAUUGUCGAGACGGUUUCUCUCUGGCGCCGACAUGCAUCAUCCAAUACCUGAUGGUAAAACAGAACAUGAGGCUGAUCGCUGCCUACGAGCUACUGAGAGCCAAGUACCCAGUCAACAUCAGGGAGUGCCACCAAAACGUGCUGGUGAGCCUGGAGAGGGCGCUGCGGCCUGGAGGCAACGUCGACCCCGAGUGCUUCAAACAGGCCAUCUCUCGCAAAGUGGCGUGGACCUGACUCUCAACGUGCUCGGCUGCUGUCCAAGACUCUCUUUAUUUCUCCACCCUCCCAUGGUAUUAGAUAUUUUCCUACAGACGACCCAGAGCAGCUGUACUUUCCCCUGUAGACUGGUCAACUGGAUAUUAUUGUCCCCACUUGAGUUCAGUGGUUGUAAAAGUUAUGAAUUUGAUGUAUUUCCUCUUCAAACCUGUAAAUGUGACCCGGCUGUGACCCCCCCCCCCCCGAACAGGAGACGCAAUAGACUUCACUGUAACAUACACAGCUUCUUGGUAUAACGAUGUAAUAGUGUUGGCCGUAUAAUUGAUAUAGUCCUGCUUCAGUUCUGUGCCAUGCCGUCGUGGUGGUGUUUUAUAUCAGGGGAAUUUCUUAAUGGGAGAUCUCAGGAGAUUAUUGAUGUCAUUCCAGUACAGGGUGGGAAAUUACUCAUUAGAUUAGUCUGUGACUCCGUUCACACCUGGCAUGAAAAUGCAUCUUGGUAAGGUGUAUGUGAAGUACAGACAGGGAUGCAGGAGAGAAACGUAACUCCAAACCACAGAUAAUCAGUUGGAAGGUAGAAAAGUACUGAGAGCUGAAAACACAGGGACUUUUAAAAACACCUUUCUGUCCCGUCUCCUGCAACGACAGACAUGAGCUGAGUCUUGCAACACACGCUUGUUUCAGGGAGAGAAGGGGGAUUGUCUGCGGUCAGUGAAACGCCACUGUUAUCCAACUGGAGGCAGUCAGGUGUGCUUUGGGCCCUCCUCUAUUGAUGGUCCAUCUCAGGCCCAGCUUGGCAUGUUAAAACCGACUGAUAGGCGCUACAGUGAAAGCUUUGGCUCACUAGGAAGUCGAUGGAGCAGCUGUAGAGCUCCAUGGCCGGCUCCUGUCUGAAGUAGAACCCGGCAGCUCUGUUGAGCGCCGCUGCUGGCCUCAGAGCUCCUUUACAGAGCCAGGGUUGUGUAUGAACCCACGCACACACUGAACAAACAGCUAGCGUACCAUAAGAAGAUAAUCACUGAAUAUGACAAAUAGUGUGUUGUAUUGGAUUAGAAUCGCUGACUCCACCUUUAAGAAAACUGCUCAUCACUAUGAUACAGGGUGUUCGUCCUGUUGCCCAACACUAAUAACUUAAGUUGAGAUGCUAAAUAAUUUGUACAGGGACUUUAAAAGGGACCCUGUGGACUUUUCUUUAAAUACAGGUGUGACAGUGUCGCCAUGCGCAAACAAAACAGGGACCUGUUCAUCAAUACAUUGCUCAAUAACACUACUAGUAGUCAAAAACACCACAGAGUACCUUUUAAGUUUGUACUUUAUAUACAUAUGAAAUACUGCUUAAGUGAGUUAUCAAAUUGCCUAACCUUCCUCUCUGGCUUUAUUGCUGCUUAGUCUGAAUUCUGUUUUAAAUGGCUUUACUUACCUCACAGAUUAAUUGAAAUGAAAAUGAAACACAAGCCGUCACCAGAGAUGCAUUUUAGACAUAUUUCGGAUGCCAGGUGUGAACUGCAUCAGUUUUGACACAAUCUGACAACGGAGCAAGUAACUGGCCACCAUUUAUUUUGUUUUUGCUUCCUAGAAAUCUUCUUUGCUGGUAAAAUGGUUGUUUGGAUGUACUAGCCGUUGCAGUCGAUGGGUUUAAAAAAAAAUUGUUUUCCUGUUAAAGCUGCAACUCUGAAGAUUGGAGGACGUACAUAUGAUUUGUCUCCAUUGGAUCUAUCACCACUGACUGGAUUACAUGACUGAUUAAUCUGCUUCUAUCGCAAGAGGGAACUUUGCACAUGGACACACGUCUAAAAUCUGACCUGCUUCUAUUCUUUGACUUUUUCACACCAUUCUUUUUCUUUUGUGUGUGUGUGUGUGUGUGUGUGUGUGUGUGUGUGUGUUUUCCGAGGUCAUACUUGAUGGAAGGUGAACGGCCCAACCUGUCCUCUGUGAGGAAGACUGUAGCCCCAUUUUCAGCCACAGUUUGUUUGGUUUAUUCUCUACGGUGGUGCUCAGACUGUGGCUUUGUGAAUUUGAACUUCAGUGUAUGCAGUGAAGCUGGGUGACGUGCAUCUCUGUGGAUUAUCAGUAUUGUCGUAUCGGUGCCACUGAACUGCGAUCCAGGGUUUACACUGCAAGGGAUGAUUUUGCACUACUCACAGGGUUGUCCAGAAUGCAAAUUAUUGCCUUUUUAUUUUAAUAUUGUUUGAAUUAUUAUUUUGGGAGUAUAGCUGAUGACAUUUCACAUAGGAGGGAGAUGUUUACAUGCUCAUAAGAAUAACUGGAUAAAGGUAACAGUUUAAUUAAAGUGUUCAUGGUUCACACUAUCUAAUAUCCCUGAUCAACCAAGUUUACUUUCUUUUCCAUUUGUUGUCCUGCCACUGAAACAAUACAAGUUUCAGUCUGAUCAUUAUCUAUUUUUAUUAUCUUCUACUUUUUUUAAUACAAAAAUGUUUUUGCACAACUACUGUUUGAUCACACGUUAUCCAUACCACAACUUCACCAUAGAAAAUAUGUUAUGGUAUUUGAUUAAGUCAGUCAGAAUAGCCAGUGCUAACUGUGGUUAAGAUUACUGAUUAUUUUCUUAAUGAAUUGAUCAAUGGUUUAGUCUAGAAAAUGAUGAAACAGUGAAAAAUGACCUACCCAGUUUCAUGAGACAUCUUCAAAAGUCCUAAAACCCAAAAUAUUCAUAUUACAGUGAUGCAAAGAAUAAAAUCAGCAAAUCCUCACAUUAGAGAGGGUUUAUUUCUGCUUUUAAAUAACUUAAAAGAUUGGUUAUGAAAAAUGUUAGUUUUUUGUUUAUCAGCUAAUUAGUGAAUCAGCUAAUAGUUUCAGCAUUAGUGCCAACAUUCGGUAAAUGGCAGGUUUUCACACUUAGUGCUACAUACAGUUCGGUAAGUACUUUGAAAACCAGAGGAUUAAUAUUAACAAGAUCAUCUGAAAACAGUUGGUUGAAGAUGUGAGGUGAGUUGAGACAAAGGUCAACAUGAUUAUAGAUAUAAAGAUCAUAGCGUUCCCACUCUCUUUCCCCAUAGAUAGAGGGUAAACCCCUUUUUAAAUGAGAACUUGCUGCAGAGUCUGAAGAAUACUGUUUGGAUGGCAGUGAGUGAACAAACGGGGAUAAUGACAAAUACUAAAAAGGUGUGUUUUUGAACUUGUGGAAAUCGCCAAUAGCCGCCACAGAUUAGCUCCAUGAGCCUGUGCUCUGAUUUAAUAGAGGUUGUAGGAGAGCUUGAUUUUAUGCACCACACUCCUUUCAAAUGCUAUUAUGGCUUCAUUAUGCACAUAUAAUUGCAUAGAGGUGAUGAUUAGAAAUGCAAUUUUAAUAUUUUGGAACGUGCAGCCCUGAAAAGCCUGAAACUUUGUCCAACUUCUGCUGUUUUUUUUAGACGGGGGGGCCAACAAAAUCCAAAUGUGAAGCAAUCAGAUGUUUCAGGUCAGCCAUUUUACAUUUAAUGUUUAGCUACAGGUUAGGGUUAGCUAAUGUUUUGGUUUAGUAGAUAAAAGUUUGGUUCUGGUUAGCUAACGCAGUAACUGAGUAGCUGAAAGUGUGUUUCUGUCUAGCUAAUGGUUUAAUUAAGCAGCUUAAAGUUUGGUUCUGUUUAGCUAACGGUCCAAUUGAGCAGCUGAAUUUUUUUUAGCUAACGGGUUAAUUAUGCUGCUAAAAGUGUGGUUCUUUCUAGAUAAUGGUAUAGUUAAGCAGCUGUGAGUUUGGUUAUGGUCAUCUUACGGUUUAAUUAAACAGAUAACAACCAGCUCAAAGCAAGUUCAGGUCCAGAAAGAGCUAAAAGUUCAAUCAAGUUGCUAAAGGUUUGGUUCUGUCUGGCUAACGUGUAAUUAAGCAGCUAAAAGUAUGGUUCUGGCUAGCUAACGGUUUAGUCAAAUAGCUACAAGUGCGGUUCUGUUUAGGUAACAUUUUAAAUGAGCGGCCAAAAGUGGGUCCAUGUCAUUGGUUCGACAUCCCAUUAGUCCGACUGUCCGCGGUGCUGAACGGCUCGCAGCGGGCGUAUGGUGCGCCGCGACCAGCUUGAAGCAGAGCAGGCUCACGGCUUAUGCGUUUGUCACUUUCUUUUUCAUUUUAACCCACACCAUGAUCUUUUCCUGACCCUAACCAAGUGGUUUUUGUGCCUAAACCUAACCAGACCUUAACCACAGGGCAUCAUGAUGAGUUCGGAACAGACUUCGGAACAAUGAGUUUAAUAUGGUCGGAACAAUGGGCUGUCGAACCAAUGGGCAGUUCCCCCAAAAGUUUGGUUCUGGCUAGCUAACGGUUUAAUUAAGCAGCUAAAAGUUUGGUUCUUGCUAGCCAACGGUUUAAUUAAGCAGCUGAAAGUUUGGUUCUGGCUAGCUAACGGUUUAAUUAAGCAGCUAAAAGUUUGGUUCUGUUUAGCUAACGGUUUAAUUAAACAGCCAAAUUUUGGUUCUAGUUAGCUAACUCUACAAUGAUGCAACUACAGAUCAGGUUUGGGUUAGUCAGCUAACAUUUUUGUCCUGUUUAUUCAAUCAAAACCCCCUCCCUUGUACAAAACAUUGUCAUGAUCAGAAUGUUGGAGCCGAUCAUCUUAGCUAAAGGUAUUUUUUAGUGUAAAACUUGAACAAGAUAUAUAUUAGCCCACUGUUGGAUUUUUGUCUUGAACCAUUUUAGUUCAGUACAUUUCACUAUGGAACAACUUUGUAUCAGAACAUUAUUACUGUAAGACAAAACCUUCCAACUCUACAAACACUGAAACUAUGUCUUGAAAGGAUAAACGGCAUUACUACAGGGUUUUUUAAAUUUUCUUCUUUCCAUUUUUCUUUUUCUUUUUUGUCUUUCGGUUCAUGGGCAGCCUUGGUGAGUAUCAGUUGUACAGGACGUUUCAAACAUUUGUGACACAAACCCUGCGCAGCACAGUGAAGUUGUCAUGUGAGCGGUUUGGUAGGAGUGGAAGCUAAGAGUAUGGUGCCUUCAUUUGGAGUCGUCUUGUGACCAUAUGGUGACAUUUGCACACUUUGUAGGACUUUAACUUCUCUCAAUAUGUAAAAUGUAAAAUGUUGAAUAUUUUUUUGAUGUUUUAUUUUGAGGGGAAAAAAAAGAACAUGACAUUUGUGUGAUGUGGUCUUUGCUGUAAUAUAUUUGCUAGUCAUACAGUACCGGUGUUUUACUAAUGCAGGUGGUGAUGAGACCCAAAAUUGAUGUGUUUCUCCACAUGUUCAUACGGGACAGUGCAGUAGACAGCCAGUGUGAGCAUAUCUUUGGUUUAUCCAUGCUCUAACUCAAAGUUAUCAUAUCAAACUGAAUAGGUUAUCUAACUCGUUCUCUCAGGUGAUUUCUCAGUGGCCCAGAAUGUUCUCAAUGAAUAUGAUAUUCAGAAAUGUGAAGCGAUGUAUUUCUCAUGUCAUGUUUCUUAAGUCAGAUAUAAUUUGUACUGUUGAAUUAUUAAAGAAGAGGAUGUACUUAA